GGGGGCGGGAUUUCCGGCGUGUUUUUGAUGGCGGUCGUUUGACGGCUUUUGCUGCCGCCUGCAAAACCGGAGACUCUAAGUAACUGGGUGCAGCCGGCCUUAGAGAAACUGGGAAGAACCCAAGGGGCGCCGUCCACAGUGCACAAGAGUGAGCGGAUUUCAGUACACUUUCAGGAUUUUCGGCCCAAGUCUCCGCCGUUAUCUCGCGCAUCUGUUGGCACCACUGCGCCCACAGGGUCCUAUGGCAACCGACGCGCUGCAGGACCCGGCCCAGGUUCCCAUGGUAGCAACCUUUAUGGUCCCUGGACAGGGCCAUGUGACCUUUGAGGAUGUGGCGGUGUCCUUCUCCCAGGAGGAGUGGGGGCUCCUCGGCGAGGCUCAGAGACUCCUAUACUAUGACGUCAUGCUGGAAAACCUGUCCCUGAUAGCCUCCCUGGGGUGUUGGCGUGGAGGAGAUACUGAAGAGGCCGGUUCUGACCAAUGUGUUUCUGUAGAACAAGUGACACGAGACAGGAAUCCACAGGUGGACUCAUCUAUCCUGAAGGCUGUCACUUCCACUGACAUGUGUGCCCUGGUGGAGAAAACCCUGCCCUCUUCUGGGGCUUCUGGGAAAAUGCUCACUUCUCACUUGCAGCAGUGCCAGACACAGCUAAGUGCAGAGAAACGUCUCAGGAGGGAUGAGAACGGGGCCUUGCUCGUGACAAGCUGCAAGAUCUUUGUACCUGACACUGUGUUCACAUGUGGAGAGGUUGAGGAGGAUUUCCUCGGUAGCCUUGGCUUUCUCCAGCACCAGCCCUCCCACGAUGGAGAGCAUCCAAACAGAAGCAGGCAGAGCAGGGGGGGCUCUCACCCUGGGCAAGGGCAUUACAAGUGCAGCGAAUGUGGCAAAGCCUUCAGUAAGAAGUACAAAUUCACAGAGCACCUGAGAGUUCACACUGGAGAAAAACCAUACAAGUGCAAUGACUGCGGGAAAUUCUUUAGACUCCGGGGGGGUCUGUCUCAUCAUCGGAGAGUUCACACAGGAGAAAAGCCUUUCGAUUGCAGUAAAUGUGGGAAAGUCUUCAUCUACAAAUGUAAGCUUGUUCAGCACCAAAGAGUCCACACUGGAGAAAGACCCUAUGAGUGUCAGGAAUGUGGGAAAGCCUAUGCCCGCAAGGAUUCACUUGUCCAGCACCAAAAAGUCCACACUGGAGAGAAACCUCAUAAGUGCAGUGAAUGUGGGAAGCUCUUCCUGUACAGAAAUAAACUCCUUGUGCACCAGAGAAUCCACACUGGAGAAAAGCCUUUUAAGUGCACUGAAUGUGGGAAGUCCUUUAGUUACAAAACAAGUCUUAUUAUCCACCAGAGAACUCACACUGGAGAAAGGCCUUAUAUGUGUGGUGAGUGUGGGAAAGCUUAUGUCAACAAAAAGAGUCUUAUUGUCCACCAGAGAAUCCACAGUGGAGAAAAAGUUUAUGCCUGUAAGAAAUGUGGGAAUUUGUUUAUGAGCAGCUUUGCCCUCAACAAACACCAGAAUGUUCACACCUCACAGAGGCGUUAUGAGUGCAGUGAAUGUGGGAAAGGGUUCAAGAGGAAAAUCACACUCGAUGAGCACCAGAGAAUCCACACUGGAGAAAGACCCUAUGUGUGCAAUGAAUGUGGGAAAGCCUUCAAGCUGAAGAACACACUAAUUAGCCACCAAAACGUCCACACUAGGGCAAAGCCUUUCCAGUGCAGUGAAUGUGGGAAGCCCUACAGUAACAAAACAAGUCUUAUUGUCCAUCAGAGGAUCCACACUGGAGUGAAGCCUUUUCAGUGCAAUGAGUGUGGGAAGCCGUACAGUUACAAAACAAGUCUAAUUGUCCACCAGAGAACCCACAGUGGAGAAAGGCCUUAUGCGUGUAGUUCUUUGUACACGGCUCCAAGGUCAUGAUCCAAUGUGUGUGUGUGUGUGUGUGUGUGUGUGCGCGUGUGCGCAUUCAGUCCCUCUA